UACUCCGGGACAGGUUGUCGUCGCGGUAGCGCGCCGGUCGCAGUACCGUCGUACGGUUUGAGUAAGAACCAUCCGCUCUCGUUUCCAUCGUUUCCGUUUUCGACUGUCGCUGCCCUGUCAAACAUUUAAAAUCCCUCCGGUGUCAAAUCGACUUCGCGUCGGUGUCUUCGACUGGCGUCUCCUCCGCGUCGAUCUUCCCUCUAGCUUUCCGAUCAAGCUGCUCGCACCGAGUCAUCCAACCUGCGUGAAUAGUGAAUGGACUGAAAAAUUUGUUGGUGGGCAAAACGAUGUAAUCGCGAGGAGUCGAUUCGAUGUUCAAGUCGACAGCGAUCGGAAGAUGUCUCUUGAGGAUUCUCGAAAAAAUGGACACGACGCGUGAUGAGGAUAAAAGUACAAAGAGAAUUGAACUCUGUCACUUCUGGUGAUACAAUCGUUCUUGAAACGUAGUCGAACGUGAACGUGUGCUGCAACAGAAUUAUGUGACGAUCGUAUUCGUGCUUUCAGUCUCCUUGGAAGUUCGAACAUCCCUUAAACGAGAUCAGUCUCCUCUUACAAAGCAAAGGGUCUUGAAGAGUCGCGCAUUAAACAUCCAGAAUACACCGACCGCAACUUUAGUUGAAGGUUCGAGGAGAACGAAGAAUACAACUCUGACCUGUGUGAUAAUAUUGGAAGUACGAAAGUUCGGUGAUCACACAACUUUAGUUCACCAAAGUACGCCAAUGUGUUUUACGAAGACAAUUUUGAAAGUGUAAUAAUCGGUGGGACUUAAACGUGUAUCGUGAUUUAUCGUUGGCUGCGAAAGAAAAAUGUCAGUGGAAAGAAAUAUAUAUUACAACGCAUUGUUUGGUGCUUCACUUGACACAAGAUAUUAAUAACGAUAAAAGUGACAAUAAAAGUCACAAUGCUACAUAAUUUUGAACAUUAUAUCUGAGCCUGUUCUGAGAUAUUAAUAAAACUGAGAUAUUUAGUUCUGUGGUCCAACCGCACUGCCGUUAGACGUUAAAUUGACUGUGGAGAAGGAGAUUCGAUUUUUGCCCGUGUGCACAUGUGUGGUUGACGUUAUAUACGGCGAAGCAUUUGAGCAAUGAAAUCGGACGAGUCGACGCGGAGUUAAGCAUCGCUAAUUAUCUUAGAGCCGCUGUAUAAUUGUCGCUAAUUAAUCUGUGCGACUCUUCACGCCUCUCGCCUCUGCCGGAUUCUCUGCGAAUUUUCACGCUUCCGCCGUCGCGAGCUUACAGAAACAAUGAAGUGGCUUUGGAUAAUGGUCUUAAUAGCUCUGGCCCUGCCAGCUGCUGUGCCACGAAGAAUCCACAGAAGUAAACCCACGCCACGAUUGUAUGGCGACAGAGUACCCGUCAGGUUAAUAAGGACCACCAGCAGCAAAGUGCGGCAGAAGAUCGUGGAGACUCACAAUUACUUUCGCACGCAAGUCAAGCCAUCUGCCGCCAACAUGCUCGUCAUGAAGUGGCAUCCGGGCUUAGCGAAGGCAGCGCAGAGAUGGGCCGAUCGCUGCCUCGGUUUAGUGCAUGACAAUGCAACCGGUCUGUACCUGGAUGGUUUCGGCCAGAGUGGACAAAACAUUUUCAUCAGCACAGGUCGUACACUCUGGAACUUCCCCAUCAGAAUGUGGUACAUGGAGUACAAGGACUUCAAGUACGGGGCCAAUACAACGAAUGAGAUCCUCGAGAUCGGCCAUUACACGCAGGUGGUGUGGGCGACGACGCAUCUGGUCGGAUGCGGAGUGAGCCAUUGCACCGGCGGCAAGGGUCCGCUCGGCAAGGACUUCUACAUGUAUGUUUGCAACUAUGCUCCGAGUGGAAACUACAGGGGCAGUCUGGGCCUGCCAUACGUGGCCGGCAAGCCAUGCAGCAUGUGCAAAGAUCAUUGCACGCGGAACACGCUCUGCACGAAUGCCUGCUAUCACACCGAUUUGUGGUCGAACUGCGCCGACCUGGUCAGGACGUUCGGCGCGUGGGUCUGCGAGACGGACACCAAGGAGGGCCGCGAACGCCGGAAGUUCUGCGGCGCCACGUGCAACUGUAAGGACAAGAUCUAUUUUCAUCACGGAUAGGAUAGUAUCUUGGCUCCGUUCAGGUCCACCACGUUGCAUGAAUAAUUUAAUCGCCCUACAAAACUAAACUCAGAUCUGGUGGUGGGUGUGAUGACAGGCUAAACGGCUGCAGAUCCUUUGACAGGAGAUCGUGUUGUUUUAUUGAUGAGCUCGUUUGUUUAGUGAUGAGCUAGAGGAACGUUUGCAAUGUUUCAAGCUAAGGACCUCAUCGAGAAAGAGCGAGAGCGAGAGAGAGGGAGAGAGAGAGAAAGAGAGAGA